AUGUCCAAGUUUGACCAGUUCAUACAGGAUUUUGACAAGUCCAUCAACAAAGACACAUCAACAAUCUCAACAUUAUCAUCACCAACUGAAUCUCAAUUUGAUCAUGAUUUAAUAAAUAAUACUCAUGAUGACCAUGAAUUAAAUUCAAUUAAUCCAUCAACACCAAAUUUAAAUAUAAAUACUGCAUUUAAACAACAGCAAACACAUGCCAUUACUCCAACCAAAUCUCAUAAGAAUUCAGUUUCAUAUCAUCCAUUAUCUCCAAUUUCUGUAUCAAGUGGUAAUAUGGGUAUUAAUGGUACUACUACUACUAAUGGAAAUUCACGUAAGAAAGGAUUAAAUCUCAAUAUAAUGAGUUCCAAGACAACCCCUAAAAAGCCCACUCAACCUCGACAAUCAUCAAAUAUACAAAACCAAAAUGAAUCAGAAAAAGAUAUGAAUAAUAUCUUGAGAAAAAUGGCCAGUUCAGAAAUCAAAAUUAUUGAAUUAAAAGAUGAAUUAAAAUUAAUUCAAUUGAAAAUUCAAAAAGAACAAGAUGAUUUAAAUAAAUUAAAAACCCAAAUGAUUGAAAAUUUAAAUAAACCAAAUGAAAUAAAGAAUAAAUCUAGAUCAAAUUCAAGUCCUUUUGAACAUAAACCUUCUUCAUCAAACUCAUCAAUACAUUCACAACAACAACCUAAUCAACAACAAGUACCGCCAGUACAACCAAUACAGAAACAACAAUCCCAAUCUCAGACAAAUGAAUCCACCCAAUCAUAUUGGACAAAACCAAUGAAUUUAUUAAAUCAAUUUGAUCAAUUAUUACAAAAUGAAUUUGAAAAAUUAGGAAAAGACAAUAUCCAAAAUAAUAAUAACGAAGAUGUUCUUAAGGGGGUUAGUAAUUCAUUAUGGGGAUUCUUGGGGGAUGUUAAAUCUGGGUUGAUGGGUGAAGAAGGUCAGAGUCAACAGACACAACAGAGUAGACAGAGUGGAAAGUUGGGUGGAAGGGUGAAAGAGGAGGAACAUGAUAGUGAUGAAUCUGAAGAUUUGAAUAAAGGUUUAGAUAAGAUUAAAAUUAAUGAUGGUGGGUUUCAUGGUAGUGAAGAAGAAUUAAUUGAAUUUGAUUCAAAAUAA